UAGUAACAAUCAGUGUGACAUUGCUGAGUGCCGCGUGCACUGCCAACAGGGAAAAUACCCAAGUUCCUUCGGUUAUCGGUGCCUCGACUUUGUAGAAACCCUGUCCGCCUAACGCACGCUCUUCUCCGUGGACUCCUUUAAACAAAAAAACACUUGGGCCGACUGCCAACGAACUUUGCUCCUUCACCAACAAAUCCACGCACACACAGGAAUCUGCAGCGGAAAUCUGAACGGAAUACUUGCUGAACCAAGCCCAGGUGAGUGCUUACUAGGACCUAAGGGCCAGCUCGGACCGCAAGUGCACUUCCUCGAGCCGAGGACCCCAGCCCAGCCAGCAGGCGCCACGCCCCCCGAGCGACAGCCCAAAGAUGGCGGCCUUCAUAGCCAAGCAAAUGGUUGGAAACCAAUUAAGCGCCGUUAAAGAUGCUGCAGGCGGAGGAGAUGGAGGCGAUGAUGGCGACGACAAGGAAAAGGCAGAGGAGGAGGAGAGGGAGCGUCAGGAGGCCAUUAAGGAGGCCGAAGACCGGCGCAAGGAGAAGCACCGGAAAAUGGAGGAGGAGCGCGAGAAGAUGAGGCAGGACAUUCGCGAUAAGUACAACAUCAAGAAGAAGGAGGAAAUCGUGGAGGCGGCGCCCCAGGAAGAGCCCAAUCCCCUCAUGCGGAAAAAGAAGACGCCCGAGGAACUCGCCGCCGAGGCGGAGCAGGAAGAGCUCGACGAUUUUACAAAACUGAAAAAUCAAAUAGAAACGCAAGUAAAUGAGCUAAAAACUCAAAUAGAGGGAAAAUGUGUCAUGCAGUGAUAUGUCAGUCAUCAUAAUAUAAAAGCAAAUAAAAUAAAAGUAAUGAAAAAUACAAAUAAUACCGAUAACAUGUAACCCAUAAAAAGAAAUUGAUUUAACUCGACUUGAAAUUGGAUUUGUUAAUAUGAGAUCUGUUAAGUUAUAUUGGACAGCAUAACCAACUAAAAACCCUAAAAAGCUAGAGCCUAAAAUAACUGUAACCCGGCAACAACGUAAAGCCUGUUAAAAGCUAAAUCCCAAAAUCGAAGACAGCUAUAUUCCGAAACGAAGCAGAUAUGCGAAAUCAAAAUGCGAACAGGACGGUGAACUCCUAAAGAAUUUUAAAGUAGCUAAAACAUAAACAAAAUUAUUUAAAGCCCAACAACUAUAGUGAAAGCCUUUAAUAAUAUUCAAAUCACUUUGCUUCGAUAAAUAUGUAUUAUACUCAAACCCAAUAUACAGUACAUAAUCGUUGUUUAGUUGAUAACAUACAAUGAAAUAAUGAGCUAACGAAUAUUUCGGGUCGGCACGAUGACGUUUGAACCUAAAUAGAGCCGAGUAAAAAAUAACAGAAAAAUAUAAAAACCAAACGAAAAAUUAACCAAAAAAAAUAAACAAAAACAAAAUUAAGCGAAUGGUGCGACAGAGGAGGCUGCCAAAUCAUGUCGAACCGUCGAAGUAUGUUGCUGAAAUCACUUUGGACCUUAAAUCCAUCUACUUAUAUAUUAGUAUGAGUAAAGAAAGAUAUGAAUUAAAUCGGCGAGUUUGUUGAAAUUAUCAUUCAAGUAUAUAUGCAUCCGUUAUGUAUAUAUGUAAAAUUUCAUGAAUUUAAUCACCAGUUAACUAAUAUACUUGCAAACGAAUUGACUGCAGAUACGUUGAAAUUAUUGCUGAUUCUCUGAAUUCUUUGUUGAAUAACAAAAAAUAAUUGAAAUAAAAGAAAAAGUUUCAGUCAGUUUGUUUUUGAAAGUUCGAGAAAAACAUCUUUAACAGCUGUUACAUUUUGUUUCUUUCCUAUACAAACAACAUACCUACACUACAAUUGAGAUUAUCAAACUCUUUGAGAUAGUAAACGAUCUCUCUGAUUGAUGCUUCUGAAAUACAUGUACUCUCGGUGUUUUAUAAAUAUCAUCAACAACAACCAGAACAACAGCACAAGAAAACGCCUACAGCCAGUACAAGAACAACAUCAACAACAACAACAUCAACUACAUCUACAGAAGUAUCUAAAUAUGUAUUAUAAGAGAUGAACCUUACUAAACUAUAGCAAACAAUAGAAGCUAUCGACUAGCUACAUAAACAACAGAUCAUCGCAAUUUGCUAGCUGACAUUUCCUACCAUGUUUCUCUGAACGUUGUGAAUUAAUCUAUGCCAGUGCAUAACCACGCUCAUAUAUACAUACAUGAUCACUAGUCACAUACAUUUAAAUGGCUAUAUGGUGUUGUAAAUGCUUAAAAUUAUGUACAGAUCAAAUAAACUCCAACGAAGUGUAUGUACUUACUACAACUUGUAUUGGCAGUUGCAUAAAACAAAAUAGGAAAACUUAUUUGUAUCCACAUGCAACAGCUGAUAACAUCCAAAUAGGUACAAAAAUCUUUUCAACUCAAGGCUAAUAGUCAGUUCAAGCUUUGCCCAACCGUUCUUCGAACCGAUUCUAAAUUUCUUUUACACAUAUCGGCAAGACAGCAAUUAAGUAAAAAGGCUCAACGCCCCUCUCUGUCAACCUAAUAAAGCAAUCCUCUAGUGCCCCUCGCUCCAUACAAAGUUAGGAACGAUCAAACUGACGAAUGAAUGCCUUAACGUGGCUCAGAUGACUAGACCAUGAGAGUAGCGAUUAGUUGAUGAUGAAAAGGUGAUUCUACCCUAAGCAAAGGUACUUGCAAUCCCUAGCUUUGUUUCCCCUAUCGCACCUAUCCUUUUACUAAAUCGGAAUCCCAGAUAUCUUAGCUAUGAUCUUUUCAAACUCGAAACUAAAAAUCUACAAAAUAAUGGCUUUCUAAAUACUUAUAGAAAAUGUUUACCUAGAUUCUACUAUAGCUAUUACGUUUUCUCUCAGAUACUUAUAUGAAGUUGAAGUUGAAGGUCACUUUAAUUGUUUAACAUAUUAAAUAAACAUGAAUAAAGAAAACCAACACAGCUAAUUGAAAAAUAUUAUUCAAUCAUAACCAAGUUUUUAACGUAAUCAUAAAUGUUUGAAAUGUUAAAUGGUUCAGCCGGUUUUGUUUUAUUUCUAAUUUGUUAAUAUUAUGUUACCGUUAAUAUUACAGUAAUGAAAAUGUAAUUAUAUGUAUAUCAGAAAGUUCACGAAACCACGGAUAAUAAAAAACAUUAUUAUCUAUGUAUAUGUGUAACUUAAUAGGGAAAUGAAUUUAAUAGAGAAACAACAGACAAAAAUUAUAUAUGAUAAUGUUGAAAAGAAUACCAUUCAAGUCAUUAUUAGAUGUGAAAGACGUUCUAUACACAACAAAGAAAUAAACGAAACAGAAAGAAAACCAAAAAACUUAAGAAAAUCGUUAAUAGUUGAUUAAUUAUAUUGUUACUUUGAACAUUUAAUUAAAACAAACAAAGAAGGUAUAAUAAAAGAUAUAUAUGUAUAAAUAUAUAUGAGAAAACACAA